GGAAGGGCAGCGGGGCCGCCGCGCUGUCGCAGGGCGCUUGUGCCGCUUUAAGGCGGUGCCGGCGCUCCGGGCUCGGCAGGCACCGGGAAGAGGAACUGGGCUUUGCACUGCCGGGUCGGGCCGAGCUCCGCCGCCCUCCCGCCGCCGCUCCGCGCCCGCUGCCGGGGAGGGAUGGGGCGGGCAAGGGGAGGUCGCGCUGAGGGCCGGGACGAGCCUUUGCAUCCCCCCCGGCAGCCCCCAGCCGCUCCUUCCCUCUGCUGCAAAGGGAUGCGCUUGGCAGGGCUGCCCGCUGCCUCGGGGCGUGCUUGAAAUAGAGGCACCCCCCCGCGCUUUGCUUGGAGAGCCCCCCCAGCUCUGCUUUGAGCCCCCUAUCCCCUCACCCAAGCCCCCCAUCUGCUUCUUGGAGGUCUAAUCGCCUGCUCGAAGCCCCAUCCCUUUCCUCAAGCUCCCCAGUCACUUCCUCAAAGUCCUUAUCCCCUUCCCUGAGUCCCCUUCCCCUGCUCCAAGGUUCUAUCCCCUCACCCAAGCCCCCAUCCCCUUCCUCAAGCUCCCCAGUCCCUUCCUCAAGCCUCUAUCCCUUUCCCUAAGCCCCCUUCCCCUGCUCAAAGCCCCAUCCCCUUCCUCAAACUUCCCAGUCCCUUUCUCAAGCCCCUGUCCCCUUCCCUGAGCCCCCUUCCCCUGCUCCAAGGCUCUAUCCCCUGUCCCAAGCCCCCAUCUCCUUCCUUGAGCUCCCUUCCCCUGCUCCAAACCCCCAUCCCCUUCCCUGAGCCCUCUCCUCUGAGCCUCCCAUCCCCUUGUUCAAGUCCCCCAUCCCUUGACCCUCAAUUCCCUGCCCCAAACCUCCAUCCCCUGCCCUGAACCUGCUUCCCUGAGCCUCCCAUUCCCUCCCCUGAGCCUCUUUCCCCAAAUCCUCCAUUCCCUUUCCCCAAAUCCCCCAUCCUUUGCCCCAAAUCCCUUUCCACUAUGAUUUUGCUGAGCAGCUUCCUACACCUGCGGCCCCGGCGCUGCGGCCCCUUGGCCGGGCUGGGCAGGGGGCUCGGCCCCACAGCGGGGUCCCGCAGGGCUCUGCGGGUGCUGGUGGACAUGGAUGGGGUGCUGGCUGACUUCGAGGGAGGCUUCCUGAAGAAAUUCAGGGCCAGGUACCCCGACAAGCCCUACAUUGCCCUGGAGGACCGGAGGGGCUUCUGGGUGUCGGAGCAGUACGGGCGCCUGGAACCCGAGCUGAGUGAAAAAGCUAUCAGCAUCUGGGAAUCCAAGAACUUCUUCAUCGAGCUGGACCCACUCCCUGGGGCUGUGGAAGCUGUGAAGCAAAUGGCAAAUUUGGCAGACACGGAUGUGUUCAUCUGCACGAGCCCAAUCAAGAAGUACCGGUACUGCCCUUAUGAGAAGUAUGCCUGGGUGGAGAAGCACUUUGGCCCUGAAUUUCUUGAGCAGAUUGUUUUGACACGAGAUAAGACGGUGGUUUCUGCUGAUCUGCUUAUAGACGACAGACCUGAUAUAACAGGGGCAGAGCAGAACCCCACCUGGGAGCACGUGCUCUUCACUGCCUGCCACAACAAACACCUGCAGCUGAAGCCGCCCAGCCGCCGGCUGCACUCCUGGUCUGAUGACUGGAAGGCCAUUCUGGACAGCAAACGCCUCCCACCUGGCCAGGCCACCUAAACACCAGCCCCCACGGCCACCUGGGGCUGCAGCACCUGCCUGUGUCCCUGUGGAGUCCUGCUGAAGGCCAGGAUGGACAGACAGACAGACGCUGUCCCUGCUGCAGGGAGGAAGAGGAGGGUGAGCUGAAGCGCCACAGUCACCUGGACUUGAAAAACAGACCCCAGCCCAGCCCUGCCACAAGGGAGCAACAGCAGGACUGUGCCUGUGCACCUGACAGCCUGGCUGGGGGGCAUUUCCCACUGGCUCCUGGGGUCUCUGUGCUGCAUCUGCACCCCCACAGGGCCAGCCCAACGUUCCUGAUGGACAAGGUCACCCUCAGCAUGUCACUGCCCUUGCCUUGCACGGCACAGACCAGCUCUCCAUCCUCUCCUCCACGUUAUGGUCAGGGAUCGUGUGUGGUUUGCUUAAUCCUUGCAAGGUUUCAUCCCAAGGGGCUGCCUCAGGAGAUCUUUCCCCCUGGCAGUGCCUGGAUCUGGGGAGAGGGGUGGCUGGAAGGGCAGGGAGAGCAGGCAGGAGCUGUCCAGGCUGUCCCUGUGUUGGUGGAGAAUUGUCACCAGCACAUCCAUGGAUGCUGUUUGCAGUGCUCACGUGCUGCAAGGGAAGAUGUUGGGGGAUGUUGCUGUUAAAGUCUGGGCAGCUGUGCUGGUUUCAGCCAGGGCAGAAUUAAUUUUCUUCACAGAAAAUAGAGCCCCGUACAAGCUGCUGUGAAAAAAAUUAACUCUACCCUGGCCAAAACCAGCAUGGGAGCCCAUGAGGGGUGCCCACGAGCUGUAGCACAGGGUAGUUUGUUCUGGUGCUCCACUACAGCCCCAGCUCUGGAUGUCUGGGGACAGAGCAUGCUGCCAGCCCCAUUCCCCUGGCUCUGGGCCCCUGCAGUGCCUGGCUGGUGCAAAGGGGUCACAGCACACGCAGCUGGACCAGCCCCCUCUGCCAGGGGACAGUGCAGGGGCUGCUGAGCUCUGGGAGCAGCCAGCGCUGCUGGGAAGCUGCAGUUGGCCACCAAAACGGGAGGGUUUAGAGCAAGGGACAGCUCCAAGAGGAGUGUUUUUGGCAUAGCUGUGCCCACAGCCUCUUCCUCACUUGUUUGUCUCAUUUUUGCUUCUCUGAGCCCUCAGCAGUCCUGCCUUGAACUUCAGCCACUUGUCUGGCAGGAGAAAGCUGCUACUACUGCUGCUCCUGGCCCCAGAGAGACAUCCCAGCUGCUGGGAGAGCCUGGCAUCCCCUCCCUGCCUGUGCCACUGCCACAGGGCAGCCACAGCCCGGCUGUCCCCAGUGGGAGCUGGGUGUGUCACUGCUGACACCACAGAGGCCAUCGGGCCCUGCUGCUGUGUGUCCCCACUCUGUCCAGGAUCCCACUGCCCUCCUGGCCCAAGGACUUGCUGGCUGCAGCAGUGAAAUUCCCCACUUGGACACAUAACCCCACAGGCAGAGGUGACAGCCAGGACUUGGCCAGGGUUUGCCACCCUGCACCCUCCUCACACCUUUGCUUUGCCUCUCUGCUCUCCUGUGGGACCCCAUCAACAAAAGGACAUGAACUUAAAGCUACAUAACCAACAAAUAAUGUAAUUCAGCAGUGGCAGCCAGACCCCUCCUGUAUCCAGGACCUGGAGGGUUCUGGAGUUGGUGCUUUGGAACCUGUGCCUUCCCUGGGUGCUGCAGGGCCAGGGAUGGGGCCUGUGUUGACUUGGGGCUUGCCCUGUUCCUUGGGAUGGGAGGAGUUUACAAAGUUAGCAUGGUUGGCCCAGGGCAGUGGGACUUACAUACCACAAGCAUCUUUUUUUCUUUCUUUUUUUUUUUUUUUUUUCCAUUUUUCUUUCCUGUUUAAACCACUGUGUGCUUCUCUGGGCAGUGGGUUUGGUUUGGAGGGGUCUAUUUCGAAUGUGCAGCUGGCUGGCUGGAGGGUUUGCAGGCUGGGAGCUGGGGCAAUGUGGGAGCACCAUGGGCAACUGCUGCAGCUGCUGAACAUCAGGAACCCUUUGGCUCCACCAGACCUCCACCAGCUGUUGGCCCCUCUGUGCAGCCUCACAGGGUCCAAGCUGGUUUUUUACUAAUGGUACCAUGUAAAUAUGAGCUGCCCAAGCUCCCCAGAGCCUUCACCCUGCUUAUUGAGCCAAAAUGAGCUGGCACAUCUCUCCAGCAGCUGCCCAAACCUGUCAUCUUCCCCCGGGGCUGGGGCAGACCCAAGGGAUGUGGCUCUCCGGGGCCAGCAGGACUUUUCCCCAUGGUGAGAUGUGAUGCCAGAGAUAAAUACACCACACCAAAUAUACUUGAAAGCAGAGCUGGAGUUUCUCAAGCCUGAGGCUCCAGCUCUAUGCACAAGAGAUCCUGAGCUGGUAGCUGCACAGUUUGCUCCCACACUCGGGACCAGGAGGUGACUCCAUCGGCCCAUUCAUCAUUCAAGCCUGUCUGUGUCCAGCUGAGAUACACAGAGCUUUUGUUUUUGAAUGUACAUCCAUAAACCCGAGGCAAAUGAGAAGCACUGCAAUAAACACUGGGUUGUUUGGCA